AUGAGAGAGGAGGAGGGGGGAGAUGAAAAGAGGAAAAGUGAAAAGGAAAAAGACAAAAAAGAAGAAAAGCAUAGAAAGGAGGAAGAAGAAGAAAAGAGGAAAGACAAAAAGGAAAAAGACAAACGAGAAGAAGAAAUGAAAAAGGAGGAGAAAAGAGAUGAAAGGAGGAAAAGUGAAAAAGAAAAAGACAAAACAGAAGAAGAGAUGAAAAAGGAGGAGGAAGAAGAUGAAAAGAGGAAAAAAGAGAGACAUGAGGAGAAAGGAAUGAAGAAUGAAAGGACAUCAGCAAUUAAAAAGAGAAGAAAUGAAGAAAUAAUAAAGAGUAAGAAUGAAUUGAAAAUGAUGGAAGAGAUGGAGGGCGAGGAGCCAAUAACAAAUAGGAGAACAUGGGUGAGAACCAAGGAGGAGGAGGUGGAGAAGAACGAGGAAGGGCAAGAGCAAAAACCUGACGAGGAAAGAGAGGAAAGAAGAACGGGACAGUUAGACAGGAGGAAGUUGGAUAAAGAUUUGAUCAAAAUACAGGAUGGAAGUGAAAACGUCUGGACGAGUGAAGAAAACAAUAACGAGGAUAAGGUGAAGCCAAAAACUUUGGAAGAUCCACAUGUGAGGAGAGGGGCAGAGGAGCAAGAACACACACACGCUCAGAAGGAAGAAAUCACACUCAGACAAGAGACAGAGGACCAUGGUGGAAAUGCAAAAGUCCCGGAACACAAGGCAGAGAUCAGACAUCAUAUGGAAGAGACAAAAGAAGACGAAGACGGAGACACUAAAUCGAAAGAAGAGACUGGAGGCAGAGAGGGAAAGAAAGAUUCUGAGGAUGAAAACAAUGACAAAAAAAGCUUAAAUUCUCAAAAUGAGCAAAAAGGCAAACAUCCUCUGUCCCCGUUAGGCCCUGGCCCAUCGCCCGACGAGUCCUCAGUGAGACAGGCCUGCUCUGAGAGUGCACAGGAUCCCCUUUCACACAGAAAUAUCUCUCUACCGGUGAGCCUUCCAGAGCACACGGAGCAGAAGAGGCUGUCCUGGAUCAGAGACUGCAUCGGCUGGUCCCAGCUCUCGCUGCACAACACCAGGAGACAGAACGGCUCUGUGCUGAGUGGAAGAAGGCGGAGGAGGGCCUGUGGGGCCAGCAGACCGCCCCCCCUCUGCCCCCACACCCUGCUCCGGCUGUCCGGCUGCACUGCCCUGCAGGAGGUCACCACGGUUACUCUGGAGGACCUGCCUUGCUGCGGCCUCUCCACUCUGGCCCAGUGUCCUCAGCUCCGGUCACUCUCCCUCAGACGCUGUGGCCUGAAAUCACUGGAAGGUGUCGGCCAGUUGCGGGAACUCUGCUACAUCGAUCUGCAGGAGAAUGAGAUCUCGCUGGUCGACUGCGAACACAUGACCGGUUUACGCGUUCUUCGACUCGCCCGGAACAAAUUGACGACAAUCCACGGUUUGAGUGGUGCCGACAACUUGAAUAUUCUUGACCUCUCCCACAACUCCAUUACACGUAUCGCUGGUCUGGAGUCUGUAACCAGGCUGCAGAGGCUUUCAGUGGCCCACAACCAGCUGAUCAGUACCAAAGGGCUGAGGGAUGUGUAUACACUCCUCCACCUGGACCUUUCACACAACCACCUGACCAGGGUGGAGGGCCUGGAGAACAGCGCUCUGCUCCACACGCUGGACCUCAGAUCCAACAGCCUGUCCGAGCCCCCCGGUCUGAACAACCAGGUCCUGCUCAGAGAAGUGCGUCUGGACGACAACAGCAUCUCCUCCGUGGAGGGCCUCGCAGCCUGCUGGCUCCCCCUGAUGCAGACCCUGUCUGUGUCCCAAAACAGAAUUACCCAGCUGCCUUCCAUGACUGAUUUUGUGUCCCUUGAAAAUAUGGAUCUGAGAUUCAACUGUCUGUCAGAGCUGCAGAAUGUGUGUGAAAGCCUGAUGGGAUGUCACUUUCUUCGAGAAGUUCACCUGUUAGGGAAUCCUCUUGAGCAGGACAGAGGCUGGAGACCCACACUGCAGAAGGCCCUGCCCGGCCUGAGGGCCAUCGACAGCCAGCAGACGGACUCCCUCCCUUCAGCGCUGCCCGGUCAGCAGCUCAACGCUGUCCCAGGCUGUUUCUUCACUCUCUGUCAGGCUCAGCUUCAGCAGACUCAGGACCUACAACAGCGACACAGCGAGGAGCUCAGGGCUUCAUCUCCGCUGGAUGCUGUGAAAAGUUUCAGCCGGCAUUUCGCUGAGGCUCAGAAGCUUGCCGAGGACCAGCGAUUCGCCCACGAAUAUGGUGACACCACCGUGUCCGAAAACACCGCUGCAGUUCAAACGAUAGCCGAAAAGGCAUCAAACGUGGACUUACAAACAGGGUGUAUUUACUGGCCAGAAAUGGAUACAGCCAACAAAGGAACAGCAGUCGUCCAGAGAAAGAACAACAUCAGAAGCAACUCUGGCAGUUUUGAGGAGAAGCCAGCUGAAGAGAGUACGAGCGCAGCGGCAGUUUCGAUUCAGCGGCGGUGGAGGAAAUACAGACAAAAAUGUGGGAACGUGGAUGCUUCCAUCAUUGAGAGCGAAUGGAAAACAAAAGGAGAUGGAGAAGAGCCAGAAUCUGGAUCCCCCUUCUCUAACAGGAGCGCUGCUGGUCGAGACCACGCAGCAACUGUCAUCCAGGCGUUUUGGAGGGGCUUCGCUCUGAGGAGGAGGCUUGCAUGUGCUCUUGCUGCUGUCACAUGGCCUGACGCUGGAGAGGAGGACGCCUUUGAGGAGGUGGAUGUGGAGGAAUUUGUCUUUGAUGAGCCAGAGCUGGAGAAAUACUGGACAGUGACUUUUUCUGAGGACUCGCCUCCCAGACAUUGUCCCAAAUCACAGCAGCCAUCAUCUUCAAAGCCUCCCGUGUCUGUUGAUGAUCCCUCACAGUACUUCCGUUCACCACCACUCGUACAGAGUCCGAGGCAGGCCUGGAUGGCUGAGCAACAGGUGGACUCGGUCGGCCAAAGAAUUUCACUGGCGAGUUCCAACAGGGGCUUCACUGACAGCCGCACAGCUCAGCUCAUGCUAAAGAGAGCCCAGCGGAUGAAACUUACUAAAAAACAGCAGAAAAAGAAUAGCAAUCCUUCCCUCCGACUGGCCGUGAUCGAAAACUGCACUUAUGAGCGGGGACCUGAUGGCCAUGAAGCCGUGGUGACAUUAGUCUCGGAGGAGGAAUGUCAGGAGCUGACUGCAGAGCUGUGGUCCUGGAUCUCUGUCAAUGGCCCUAGUGCAGUCGGUCUGGGCCUUCAGCAGGCGGAGCGGCCGGAGCGAAUGAGGCGGGAAAAAGCUCCACAUGGGCAGCACACACGGACCGCUCAGCCCGACAGGCACUCAGACAGUGUUCACUUCUUACCAGAGAUGAAUUCCUCCAUUCUGCAAGGAGGCAAAGUGCAGCUGGUGCCGUUUGAGUUAAGAUUCCUGGCAGGAGGAGCCGCCCUCCUCCUCCAGCUCAGAUACGCUGGUGGUCCUGACCGUCCUCACGCCACCGGACUGUGGGCCAACAGCUGUUUGGCUGACCAUCCUGGCAAAGCAAACAUGUAUACCGGAAGAAACUCCUUGGGUCAUGAAAAAAAAGAGGCUUCAUCUCCCAAACGGGCCUCGUCCGCUCCCUCCAAAAAGGAGCGCAUCUCCUUCCGUGACAACCCGGUCCAGCUCAGCAGUGGCUGGGGAGGAGGCAAGAAGAGGGACAGACUGCAC